UUGCUCGUGUGACUCGAGGGUGUGUGUGCUGGAAUAGCUGGUUAGUUGCUGAAAUUACAGCAAAAUACAACUGUAACAAGAUGGCAAUGAUUCUGGCAUACUGGGAUAUGAGAGGGCUUGCUCAGCCAAUUCGCCUGCUGUUGGAGUACACAGCGACAAAAUAUGAGGAUAAAUUCUAUGUUUGUGGCGAAGCUCCCAAUUAUGACAAAAGUUGUUGGCUUGACAUCAAGUUCAAACUUGGGAUGGAUUUCCCCAAUUUGCCUUAUCUUGUAGAUGGAGACAGGAAAAUCGUCCAAAGCAAUGCCAUCAUGAGAUACAUUGCUCGAAAGCAUAACCUUUGCGGGGAGACGGAGGAUGAGAAGGUUCGGGUGGACAUCCUUGAAAAUCAGGCAAUGGACUUCCGUAAUGAAUUUGUCACACUCUGCUAUAAUACAGAAUAUGAGAAAAUGAAGCCUGGAUACAUGAAAAAACUUCCUGAAACUCUGAAACUAUUCUCUGAUUUUUUGGGAGACAGGAAAUGGUUUGCUGGAGAUAAGAUUGCCUUUGUGGACUUUAUCAUGUAUGAGCUUUUGGAUCAACAUCGUAUGUUUGAACCCAAAUGUCUGGAUAAGUUCAAGAAUCUUAAGGAGUUUCUGGACCAUUUUGAGGGGCUUGAAAAGAUAGCAGCGUACAUGAAAUCAAGCAAGUUCAUGAAGUCUCCAGUGAACGGUAAAAGGGCAACGUGGGGCAACAAGAAAGUGUGAAACUACUUUGAAAAACAAACAUGUCCUUUGAAGUCAUCACUG